UGCAUGCUGGGAAAAUUCAAUAGGAAAGAUGGCGGCGACCUCAGCAGGACGCGUUUUGACACUUUGCAAACAGUUUCAAAACGCAAUCAGAAUAUCUACUUCUAUAUCACCUCAACAAGCCGCUUUCAAUUUGUCAAAAUCACAGUCUUAUCUAAACAGGCAAGCGGCCUCAAUUGUGGGCUUACCAUGGCACAACCGAGGUCAGUGUCGACCCCUGCACACUACUGUCAGCAGAAGAGGGCUGGAUGAGUUCUUCGACCUACCCGAGAACUGGGGACAAUCCACGGUGAAGUCUGGUGCUCCAUGGACAGCAAAACAUCUGAGGGCAAAAAGUAAUGAAGACCUACACAAACUAUGGUAUGUACUCCUGAAAGAGAAGAACAUGUUGCUUACCGUUGAACAGGAGUCGAAACGGCAGUGCAUGCAGAUGCCAAGUCCUGAACGUCUAAAAAAGGUGGAGAGGUCUAUGAAGCGACUGGACACGGUGGUGAAGGAGAGGGAAGACGCUUUGCGCAUGCUGCAGACAGGGCAGGAGAGAGCUAGACCUGGAGCCUGGAGGAAAUCACUCUUUGGACAUGUUUACUGGUACCGAUUCAAAGAGCAUGCCAUUCCCUGGUAUAUGAACAGGAGGUACAAGCGAAAACGUUUCUACACACCUGGAUUUGUUCUUCCCCAUAUAAGGCUCCGUAUUGAGAAACACCUCAGAGCCAGGGUGAGGAAGGCCAACACUGAGAUGAAGAAGCAAGCCCAGCUCCAGGAGAAGUUCCCCCCAAUGAAGGCCCAAUCGUGAGACGGCGGAAACAUGACCCCCCCUCGUUGUUUUGCUACCAAAACCAGUACAAAUCUAUACCUUGUUAUUUAGGUCAACGCUUGACAUUUGUUUUCACGAUGUGUCGUAAUGCUCAAACUACUCAAGUUACUUUAUUGCUGCACAGAAGUUAAUGAAUUUUAAGAUUGAUCAUAUGUACCGUUUGUUCAUGUUUUGUGGCACGUGUUUUUCUGUAUUACAUCAUUGUAAUAGGUUUUCAGAUUAAACCAUUUCAAACAUCACCA